AAUUCAAACGAGCAACCAGCCAUGGAACUGAACCUUAGCUUCCUGGACGAGGGCUACCACCUGGUCUGCGUGGUGAUGUCCCUCAUGGUCAUGGCGCACACCGUCCUCGACGUGGGCGUGAACAGCGUCGACAUGGUGACCAGCCUCGUUCAGGAGUGUCUCAUGUUCGCUUUCCACGUGGUGCGGCUCAGGCCCGUCUCCGGCGUGCUGCUCGGUGUGGCCGUCUGGCUCCUGGACAUGACCUACCACCUGUGGUUCCUCCUGGUCAACGGAGCGCGAGUCGUGUCCAACGUGUACUUCAAGAGCGAAUCGCUGGACGCGCUGCUCUACGCCAACUUCUUCCUCUUCCACCUGCUCAUGCUAAGGGGCCUGUCUGCGGGCAUUCACGGCACGGGAGACAACGUGGUCGCCGACGACUCCAGCCCGCAGCAGGAGAUGUCUGGAGGAUGACCGACACCGCGGCGACAAACAGAUUACGUCCUCACUGUGGUCUCGAAGACUAGGUCUCGAGAUCACAGUGAGGUCUAGGUCUCGAGAACGUUCUCGGGACUAGGUCUCGAGAACGACAUGAUGGUGCUAUUAAAAAAAUUUUGUUUUACUAUA